AUGUGGAUUGAAGUCCCUUUAGGAAAACAAGCAGCCACUGAGGAGCUGAGUGCCCAGGACAAACAGGACACAGGUGGUCAUCCUGUCACCAAUGGGCGACCCGGUCCCAUUGGAAUUCAAGGUCCGACAGGUCCUCAAGGAUUCACUGGCCCUACCGGUUUAUCAGGCUUGAAAGGAGAACGGGGCUCCCCAGGCCCUCUGGGACCAUAUGGACCAACAGGAGAUAAGGGUCCCAUGGGAGUUCCUGGCUUCCUUGGCAUCAAUGGGAUUCCGGGCCACCCUGGACAGCCAGGCCCCAGAGGUCCUCCAGGCCUGGAUGGCUGUAAUGGAACUCAAGGAGCUGUUGGAUUUCCAGGCCCUGAUGGCUUCCCUGGGCUUCUCGGACCACCUGGGCUUCCCGGCCAGAAAGGUUACAAAGGUGAACCUGCUAUUGAUCCAGGCAGUUUCAAAGGAAUGAAGGGGAAUCCCGGGUUGCCUGGACUGGAUGGAAUCACCGGCCCACAAGGAGCACCAGGAUCUCCUGGAGCUGCAGGACCCAUGGGAUCACCAGGAUUACAAGGUCCCCCAGGACCCCCUGGUUUCCCAGGCCCUGAUGGGAAUAUGGGGUUAGGUUUCCAAGGAGAGAAAGGAGUCAAGGGGGAUGUUGGCCUCCCUGGACCUGCAGGACCACCACCAUCUACUGGAGAACUAGAGUUCAUGGGCCUUCCUAAAGGGAAGAAAGGAUCAAAGGGUGAAGCGGGACCUCAAGGUAUCCCAGGCAUGCCUGGACCUCCAGGGUUUCCAGGAUUUGGAACCACUGGAGAAAAGGGAGAAAAAGGAAUCCCUGGUUUGCCAGGACCCAGGGGUCCCAUGGGUUCAGAAGGAGUCCAGGGUCCUGCAGGGAAACAGGGCAAGAAGGGAACAUCAGGUUUCCCCGGGCUAAAUGGACUCCCAGGAAUGAAGGGUGAAAAGGGUGCCAUCGGCCUGCCAGGCCCUGACAUUUUCAUCGAUGUAGAUGGCGCUGUGAUCUCAGGUUAUCCUGGAGACCCUGGUGUGCCAGGCCUCCCAGGCCUUAAAGGAGAUGAAGGCAUCCAGGGACCACGUGGGCCUUCUGGUGUCCCAGGCCUCCCAAGCUUGCCAGGUACUCAAGGCAUCCUAGGGCCUCAGGGAUCGCCAGGCCUCAAGGGGGACCAAGGAAACCCAGGCCGUACCACAGUUGGGGCAGCUGGCCUCCCUGGCAGAGAUGGUUUGCCAGGCCUACCAGGCCCACAAGGCCCACCUGGCCCACCUGGCCCACCUGGUCCAUCAUUUGGAACUGGAACCCUACACAGAGCAGAGCCAGGUUUCCCUGGCCUCCGAGGAGAGCAAGGUCCGAAAGGAAACCCAGGACUCAAGGGAGUAAAAGGGGACCCUGGCUUUUGUGCUUGUGAUGGUGGUGUCCUCAACACUGGACCACCCGGGGAACCAGGCCAGCGUGGGCCACAAGGUCUCGUGGGCCCUCCAGGAAUUCAAGGAACCAGAGGCGAUCCUGGCUCCAGGGGCACACAGGGUCCAGCAGGGGCCCCAGGUUCACAUGGGCCACCAGGUCCUGCAGGCUCCAAGGGAGAGAAAGGGGAGCCAACUCUCAGUACACAAUCAGGAAUGCCAGGGGAGAAGGGUGAUCCUGGCCCCCGGGGAUUCCCUGGUGUGACAGGAGCCCGAGGCAAGGAUGGAGCACCAGGCUUGCCAGGUUUACCAGGCCUCCCGGGUGAUGGUGCACAAGGGUUUCCAGGGGAAAGGGGAUUUCCAGGACUGCCCGGUGAAAAAGGACAUCGUGGUCCAAUCGGCCUCCCAGGGAUUGGGCUCCCAGGACUUCCUGGACCUCGUGGGCUUCCUGGAGAUCAAGGAAGAGAUGGAUUACCAGGGAAGCAAGGCCUCCCUGGGCCUCCAGGAAUCACCUUGCCUUGUAUUACUUCUGGAUUAUAUGGCCCAUCGGGAUCGUCUGGAGCACCUGGGUUCCCAGGCCCUAAGGGGACCCAGGGCCUCCCUGGGACUCCAGGCCAGCCUGGAUUACGUGGAAAUAAAGGAGAGCCAGGAAACCCCGGAUUGGUUCAUCUCCCUGAAUUGCCAGGAUUUCCUGGACCUCGUGGGGAGAAGGGCUUGCCUGGGUUUCCUGGGCUCCCUGGAAAAGAUGGCUUGCCUGGGAAGGCUGGCGGUCCAGGUUUACCAGGUUCCAAGGGAGUCCCUGGUGACAUCUUUGGUGCUGAAAAUGGUGCUCCGGGCAAGCAAGGCCUCCAGGGAUUGCCAGGGGACAAAGGAUUUUCUGGAGACUCUGGCCUUCCAGGACCCAAGGGUUUGCAUGGGAGAUCUGGCUUGCCAGGCCCCAAAGGUGAGCGGGGCAGCCCUGGAUCACCAGGACUCAUGGGCCUGCCAGGCCCCUUGGGGUCUGGUGGUCUGUAUGGCAUCAAGGGCAAAUCGGGACUCCCAGGAGCACCUGGCUUUCCAGGCAUUGCAGGACAUCCUGGAAAGAGAGGUCCGAAAGGUGAGCCAGGCUACCCUGGCGCAACUGGAAAGAGAGGCCAGCCUGGGCUCCAAGGCCAUUCUGGAUCUCCCGGGGUAGCAGGCCUCCUGGGGAGCCCAGGGUUGCCAGGGGACACUGGCUUGCCAGGCCUCCUGGGCCCAAAGGGCGAGAAGGGGUCCAUUGGACUGGUCGGUUUCCCAGGGGUUCCAGGUCUUCCUGGUAUUCCUGGCACAAGUGGACUAAAGGGAAUUUCGGGAUCACCUGGGAAAUUGGGAGCAUUUGGACAGGCUGGUGGUCCUGGUGAAAAAGGUCACAGGGGUGAUCCAGGGCCAGCCGGAAUACCAGGCUCAAGAUUUCCAAUGCUCAACAUUUUGCUCAAAGGUGACAAAGGCUCUCAGGGCUCAGCUGGCUCCAAUGGAUUUCCUGGCCUCAGAGGAGACAAAGGAGAGACUGGACUCCCUGGGCUACCAGGCCUGCCUGGAACUCGUGGCCUGCCCAGCACCAUCAAAGGGCUUCCCGGAAAUCCAGGCCCUUCUGGUUCCAUAGGACUGCCAGGUUUACCUGGUCUGAAAGGGUCUCGGGGAAUCAUGGGUUUCCCAGGAAUGCCAGGACAAAGUGGUUUGCGGGGUCUCAAUGGGACCCCUGGACUCCCCGGAUCAUCUGGUCCCCGAGGCUCAAAAGGCGAUCAAGGCCAGACUUUUAAAGUUUCUGGUAACCCAGGACCCAAGGGAAAAGCUGGAGAGUCUGGCCUUAAAGGACAAAAAGGAAAAGAUGGGCCAGCUGGUGACAUGGGUUUCCCAGGAAACCAAGGUGAAAAUGGGAAAACUGGCAUUGCUGGAGAUAUUGGCCUUCCUGGUUCCCCAGGACUUCCAGGGAUAGCAGGUGUGAGAGGAGACCCAGGACUUCCAGGUUUCUCAGGUCACCCAGGGGUAGCUGGGCCCCUGGGAUCUUCUGGCUUAGUAGGACCCAAAGGCUCUCCUGGACUUCCUGGUUUACAUGGACUGAAUGGACUUCCAGGCACCAAGGGUACCCAUGGAACUCCAGGACCCAGUAUAACCGGCGUGCCUGGGCCUGCUGGCCUGCCUGGAGCCAAAGGGGAAAAGGGCACACCAGGGAUUGGCACCGGAGCCCCAGGGAAGCCAGGUAUAAGAGGACAAAAAGGCGGCCAAGGUUUCCCAGGUCUCCAAGGCCCUGCUGGUCUCCCUGGUGCCCCAGGCAUCUCCUUGCCCUCACUCAUAGCAGGACAGCCUGGCGAUCCCGGGCGACCAGGCCUGGAUGGAGAACGAGGCCGCCCAGGCCCCCAGGGACCCCCGGGGCCUCCUGGGCCAUCCGCAGAUCAAGGCGACUCUGGAGACCCAGGUUUCCCUGGAAUCCCUGGGCCUCGGGGGCCCAAGGGAGACCUAGGAAUUCCAGGCUUCUCUGGCCUCCCUGGAGAGCUCGGAUUGAAAGGCAUGAGAGGGGAGCCUGGCUUCAUGGGAAUCCCAGGCAAGGUUGGGCCACCUGGAGACCCAGGAUUUCCCGGCAUGAAGGGGAAGGCAGGGCCAAGAGGCUUCCCCGGCCCCCAAGGUGCUCCUGGACAAACGCCCACUGCAGAAGCCAUCCAGGUUCAUCCGGGCCCCUUGGGUCUACCAGGCAUUGAUGGCAUCCCUGGCCUCACCGGGGACCCUGGGACUCCGGGCCCUGUCGGCCUACAAGGCUCUAAAGGUUUGCCCGGCAUCCCUGGCAAGGAUGGCUCCAGCGGGCUUCCUGGCCCACCUGGGGCUCUUGGCGAUCCUGGUCUGCCUGGACUGCAAGGCCCCCCAGGAUUUGAAGGAGCUCCGGGGAAGCAAGGCCCCUUCGGGAGGCCCGGCAUGCCGGGUCUGAGCCUGAGAGUGGGCUACACGUUGGUGAAGCACAGCCAGUCGGAACAAGUGCCCCCGUGCCCCGUCGGGAUGAGCCAGCUCUGGGUGGGUUACAGCUUGCUGUUCGUGGAAGGACAGGAGAAAGCCCACAACCAGGACCUGGGCUUCGCGGGCUCCUGCCUGCCCCGCUUCAGCACCAUGCCCUUCAUCUACUGCAACAUCAACGAAGUGUGCCACUACGCCAGGCGCAACGACAAGUCCUACUGGCUCUCCACCACCGCCCCCAUCCCCAUGAUGCCCGUCGGCCAAGCCCAGAUCCCGCAGUACAUCAGCCGCUGCUCUGUGUGUGAGGCGCCCUCGCAAGCCAUUGCUGUGCACAGCCAGGACACCACCAUCCCGCAGUGCCCCCCGGGCUGGCGCAGCCUCUGGAUCGGCUAUUCCUUUCUCAUGCACACGGCCGCCGGCGCUGAGGGUGGAGGCCAGUCCCUGGUCUCCCCUGGAUCCUGCCUCGAGGACUUCCGGGCCACUCCUUUCAUCGAGUGCAGCGGGGCGCGAGGCACCUGCCACUACUUUGCCAACAAGUACAGCUUCUGGCUGACCACGGUGGAGGAGAGGCAGCAGUUCAGGGAGGAGCCGGUAUCUGAAACGCUGAAAGCCGGGCAGCUGCACAGCCGAGUCAGCCGCUGCCAGGUGUGUAUGAAAAGCUUGUAG